AUCAAUGAAUGUUUAACUAAUAAUGGAGGAUGUGAUCAGAAUUGUAAUGAUAAUGAAGGUAGUUUUACCUGUAGUUGUAGAAGUGGAUUUUCUCUACAAUCUAAUGGAAGGACAUGUCAAAGUAAUGAUCAAUGUGUUAACUCUGGAUGUCAACAUAGAUGUGUGAAUACUGGUAAUAGUUAUUUUUGUGAAUGUUUUAAUGGUUAUACAUUAGAUAGCAAUGGUAGAACCUGCAAUAAUAUCAAUGAAUGUUUAACUAAUAAUGGAGGAUGUGAUCAGAAUUGUAAUGAUAAUGAAGGUAGUUUUACCUGUAGUUGUAGAAGUGGAUUUUCUCUACAAUCUAAUGGAAGGACUUGUCAAAGUAAUGAUCAAUGUGUUAACUCUGGAUGUCAACAUAGAUGUGUGAAUACUGGUAAUAGUUAUUUUUGUGAAUGUUUUAAUGGUUAUACAUUAGAUAGCAAUGGUAGAACCUGCAAUAAUAUCAAUGAAUGUUUAACUAAUAAUGGAGGAUGUGAUCAGAAUUGUAAUGAUAAUGAAGGUAGUUUUACCUGUAGUUGUAGAAGUGGGUUUUCUCUAGAAUCUAAUGGAAGGACUUGUCGAGAUACUGACGAGUGUCCGACAGCAGGAUGUCAACAUCGUUGUGUCAAUACAUUUGGAAGUUUUUACUGUCAGUGUGAUACAGGGUAUUCACUGAAUGGCAAUGGUAGAAAUUGUGAUAGUUAG